AAAAUGUGGUCGCUUUUAACAGUGGGAAGUCUAAUAUCAGCACUUGGAACUGUAAAUGGUUUCCUUGGAAAACUAACACCUGAGAGCCCUGAAGUAACUAUGAACAUUAGUCAGAUGAUUACCUACUGGGGAAACCCAAAUGAAGACUAUGAAGUUGUGACUGAAGACGGUUAUAUUCUUGAAAUCAAUCGAAUUCCUCAUGGGAGGAAAAAUUCAGAGAACAAAGGCCAGAGGCCUGUAGUGUUUCUGCAGCAUGGCUUGCUCACAUCAGCCACAAACUGGAUUUCAAAUCUCCCUAACAACAGUCUUGCUUUCAUUCUGGCGGAUGCUGGUUUUGAUGUGUGGCUUGGAAACAGCAGAGGAAAUACCUAUGCCAGGAGAAAUAUAUACUAUUCACCAGACUCAGUGGAAUUAUGGGCUUUCAGUUUUGAUGAAAUGGCUAAAUAUGACCUGCCAGCCACAAUCAAAUUCAUUGUAAAGAAAACUGGACAGGAGAGUCUACAUUAUGUUGGCCAUUCCCAGGGGACCACCAUUGGUUUUAUUGCCUUUUCCACCAAUCCCAAACUGGCCAAAAGAAUCAAAACCUUUUAUGCGUUAGCUCCAGUGGCCAUGGUGAAGUACACCAAAAGCCUUUUAAACAAGCUCUCACUCGUUCCCACCUUCCUCUUCAAGAUUAUUUUUGGUAACAAAAUGUUCUAUCCACACCAUUUUUUGGAUGAUUUUCUUGCUACGGAAGUGUGCUCCCGCCAGACAUUAAAUAAACUUUGCAGUAAUGCCUUGUUUAUCAUUUGUGGAUUCGACAGUCAGAACUUGAACACGAGCCGCUUGGAUGUUUAUCUAUCACAUAAUCCAGCAGGAACUUCUGUUCAAAAUGUACUCCACUGGUCCCAGGCUGUUAGUUCUGGGAAAUUCCAAGCUUUUGACUGGGGAAGCCCUGUUCAGAACAAGAUGCACUACAAUCAGCCCACCCCUCCCUUCCACAACAUGACCGCCAUGAGAGUGCCGAUUGCAGUGUGGAGCGGGGGAAACGACUGGUUGGCUGAUCCCCACGAUGUUGACCUUUUGCUUCCCAGACUCUCUAAUGUCAUUUACUCCAAGAAGAUUGCUCCAUACAACCACUUGAACUUCAUCUGGGCAGUGAAUGCUGCUCAAGAAAUUUACAACGAGAUUGUUUCUGUGAUAGCAAGGGUUUCAAAGUAG